AUGGCGUCAGGUUCCAAGUCCAAGUAUUCCAACCUGCCUCUCAGCACCAGUGGACCUGUUGACUGUGCCGUGAGUGGCACGGUUCUACUGAAUACCCCUUACUUCAAUAAGGGCUCAGCUCACACGGCCGACGAGCGCCGGGACUUUGACCUUACUGGUCUGCUGCCCACUAGUGUCCAAACCCUGGAGCAGCAGGCCAAGAGGGCAUACCAGCAGUAUUCAUCCAGGCAGGAUGACCUCGCCAAAAAUACGUUCCUAACGUCGAUGAAGGAGCAGAACUUAGUUUUGUACUACAAGCUGUUGCAAGAUCACAUGCAAGAGAUGUUCAGCGUCGUCUACACUCCAACUGAGGGAGACGCCAUUGAGAACUUCUCUCGACUAUUCCGAAGACCUGAGGGAUGCUUUCUCAAUAUUGAAGACAUAGACCGUGUGGAGCACGAUCUCAGUCAAUGGGGAACGCCAGAUGAUAUCGACUACAUUGUUGUCUCGGAUGGGGAGGAGAUCCUCGGCAUUGGCGAUCAAGGUGUCGGCGGUGUGCUGAUAUCCAGUGCUAAGCUGACACUCACGACUCUAUGUGCCGGAAUUCACCCAGACCGUACUUUGCCAGUGGUUCUGGAUUGUGGUACCGACAACGAGGAGCUGCUUAAAGAUGACCUUUACCUGGGACUCAGACAGAAGCGAACUCGCGGAGAGAAGUAUGACAAGUUCGUCGAUGCAUUUGUCACGGCCGCACGCAAACUGUUCCCUCGCGCAUACAUUCACUUCGAAGAUUUCGGCUUAACCAACGCCCGCCGCAUUUUAGACCACUAUCGACCAAAGGUGCCAUGCUUCAACGAUGACGUUCAGGGAACUGGCUGCGUAACACUCGCGGCCAUCAUGGCUGGAUUACAUGUUGGAAAGAAGAAGUUGGAGGACGUCAAGCUCGUCGUCUUUGGUGCAGGCACAGCCGGUGUAGGAAUCGCAGACCAAGUCCGUGACGCAAUUGCCACAUAUAAGGGCUGCAGCCGCGAGGAUGCGGCGAAGCAGAUCUGGCUGAUCGACAAACCCGGCCUCCUGACCACCAAGACCAACGACCUCUCGCAAGCCCAGAAAAUCUACGCGAAGGAUGAUUCAGACGGCAAAGGGCUCCUUGAUGUCGUCAAAGAGGUCAAGCCGAAUGUCUUGAUUGGAACCUCCACCAAGCCAAAGUCUUUCACGGAGGAGAUCGUGAAGGAGAUGGCUAAGCACACCGAGCGCCCAGUCAUUCUUCCCCUCUCAAACCCGACCAGACUUCACGAGGCUGUGCCAGAAGAUCUCCUCAAGUGGACGGAUGGCAAGGCUCUUGUUGCCACUGGAUCUCCUUUCAAGCCAGUUAAGGGACCAUGGGGCAAAGACGGCAAGGAGAUUGAGAUAAAGGCAGCCGAGUGCAACAACUCUGUCGUGUUUCCGGGAAUUGGCCUCGGAUCAGUCUUGUGUCGUGCCUCCAAGGUGACGGACAAGAUGCUCGUGGCAGCUGUGCAGGGUGUUGCAGAUAUGAGUCCAGCGUUGAAAGACGAGACUGCCCCCCUUGUACCUGGUGUUGACAACGUGCGGGAGGUUAGCGUGAGGAUUGCUCGCGAAGUCAUACAGGCGGCGAUCGAGGAAGGUGUGGCCACUGAGAAGGACAUUCCGACCGAGAAGGAGGACCUCGAUGACUGGAUCAAGGAGCAGAUGUGGGCUCCAAUUUAUCGCCCCCUGAAGCGCGUUGAGCUGCAGGGUGCCAGUCGGAGAGCCAAGGCGGAGCUCAAAGUCGUCGGGAGUUUGGGCAAUGUUGAGUAG